AUGGCGGGCCACGGGAACGCGUCCUACAACCUCGUGGGCGAUGAGGGCACGCUCAUGGGGAACUGGGUCGAGGAGCGGGCCCUCUGCGAGGCCUCGGGGAACACCAGAUACAAGAGCUGGCUGGGCGCGAACGCGGAGAAGCCGAAGACCGUGUACGCGACGCGCGUCAAGAAGCCGGACUACUUCGACUCCUUCCAGCGCGUCUUCGAGCAGGUGUGGCACGAGGACAUCGCCGCGGGCUACGAGUACCAGUUCAGCGGGAAGGACUCGGACCACUUCACGAGCACGCACAACGCGGACUUCCUCAACCCCGCCACGCGCGGCGGGCCCUGCCAGUACAGAACGAUCCCGAAGUACGGCCGGAGGGAGCUCGCGCGGCAGAAGGAGGCCGCCGCGGCGGCCGCGGAGGAGCUGGCGUCGCGGCAGCAGCACGCGCCGGAGCCGGCGCUCACGACGUACCGCGCGGAGCACUGCGGGCCUGAGUCAGGGGCGCUGCGCGAGACGGUCGGGCGGCGGAUCACGCGGGACCGCGACGGGCGGCCAGCGCGGCGCGACGGGACGUGGCUGGCGGAGUCGGGCCUGCUGUCGCGCGGGCUGUCGGAGCGCGCCGCGGGGGAGGGGUACGAGGGGCCUGCCGGGGACAACCCGGCGUACCUCCUGGGUCGGACUGGCCCGCGCAACGACCUGGCUGCGACCAAGCUGAAGCGCGCGGAGUGGUUCGGAAUCGACUCGAACUACACGAUGCCGAUCGGAGACUACCGGAAAAAGGUGGUGGACUGA